UCAAGCUGAGUUACGGCUGAUUGGACGUGUGUACACCGGCGGAAUAACGAUCGCGUUUCUUAACACGGUCUGUGAGUUUCUUGGAAGCCAAUAGUUUCAGAACCUUUGCAUCGCUUUAAACGCUGCGAUAAACUUGUGGUGGCAGAUAUUUUGUUUUUGAAAUUUUGCCCGUGCAAGAGUUAAUUUAACUAAGCAUCAUCAUCAUUUCCCCAACACAGUUGGCUUGAACAGCGCUCUACUCAGUGCUCCGGAGAACGCCAGGCAUAUCCUGCAGCAGGUCUUUAACAGCACAAUGAUGAACAGGAACGGAGUGGUCACAAAGAUUCGCACGCGGAUAAGGACCGACCCUUUCAAGAAUAACUAUGACCUGGUCGGCAAAGAGCUUGGCAGGGGCAAGUUUGCAGUAGUGAAGAAGUGUGUGGAGAAGACUACUGGCAAAGAGCACGCUGCGAAGUUCUUGAGGAAAAGGCGGAAGGGUCAGGACUGCCGAGGCGACAUUCUGAACGAGAUCGCAGUGCUGGAGUCAGCCAAGGCGAAUCCCUAUGUGGUGGCACUGCACGAGGUCUAUGAGACAACCACAGAGAUCAUCCUCAUCUUAGAGUGUGCUGCCGGAGGUGAGAUUUUUAACCAGUGUGUUGCCGAUAACGACGAGGCCUUCACAGAGAAAGACGUCAUCCGAUUGGCCAGGCAGAUUCUGAUGGGUGUGGCCUGUCUCCAUCAAAACAACGUAGUUCAUUUGGACCUUAAGCCUCAGAACAUCCUGUUGACGAGUGCCAAGCCACUGGGUGACAUCCGUAUUGUCGACUUCGGCUUAUCUCGGCGGGUGGACAGUGUGUCAGAGGUACGGGAGAUCCUGGGCACUCCUGAGUAUGUGGCUCCUGAGGUCCUGGACUAUGAGCCCAUCAGCACAGCUACUGACAUGUGGAGCAUUGGGGUGCUGAUUUACGUGAUGCUCACAGGCGAGUCACCUUUCCUGGGAGAAGAAAAUCAGGAGACCUUCCUGAACGUCUCCCAGGUCAAUGUGGACUACUCGCAGGACGUCUUUCAGGGUAUCUCUGACCUCGCUGUGGAUUUCAUCCAGUCACUGCUCAUCAAAAACCCGAGAAAACGGCCAACUGUGGAGCAGUGUUUAACUCAUCCGUGGUUAAGGGUCGACUCUCAUCACCACGCUGUGGAAGCCCCUCUAGAUGAGCAAGAAGCCAGCCAAUCCGAAUCGGAGUCUGAAAGUCCUGUCCCUUCCCCAGAACUUGUCGUGAUUCCUUCAUAUCCCACCUGGCUGGGCCAGGGGGAGCUGAAGACGGGUCGGGACACUUUCAGUUUCACAGAACCAUUCCCACCUCGUCCCGAAAUACAACAAGAACUCAUCUGUUAAGCAUGGACAUGAUUGGCCAGUUGGAGGGCCUCUGUGUUCACGACCUGCCAGACUGGUGUGGCCGUGUUUGGACUGGACCGCGGCGGUCGACUGUAUGUGCGUUUGAAGUCUUUCUGUCGUCUUGUGUGGGAUACAGAGCCGUCCUGGUCUGUGAAUGCGAGUUGACCUCCGUUUUGACCACAGAGGUGUGCGUGUGUGUCUACAACAGAUCAGAAUCAGAUUUAUUUUUAAGCCCCUUAAUAAAGCAUUCUUAAGCUCUUGGUCCAGGUUCUUAACGCACCGCAAUGGAUUGUUUAUACUUUUAGAGUGGAUUGAACCUUCUCUGCUGUCCGUACUUGGUCCAAAACUCAAGUCAGAGUCUCCCCAGGAAGUGCCUGCUGCAUUGUAGGAAGGAAAUGGAAAGCUCUGAUAAAUCGACUGAUGUUUUAUACAUCGUUUCUCUUCACUGGACCACCGUAUUAUAAAAUAUUAUAAAGAACUGACACUGCUGUUUUCCUCAAACAGUAGAUUUGACAUCAUUCUGCAUCUUUAGAAGUGGCACCUGCAUUUUAAUGAAGUGGUUCACAGAGACUACUUCUGUUCUAGCACUUUUGGUGGGAAUAUUGUACUAAAUAAUGCUGUACUAAAACUCCCAACAAGCACAUUUUAAGUAGUUCAACAUGGUCAUUCAUAUCCACAAGCCACUGUUUGUUUGAUUUCUCUCACUGUUUCUGUACCACUCUUUUCCUUCACUUAUUCAUAACAAGUUUGCUAUAAUUGCACAAAUGUCUUGUACCUUUUGUUGUUGUUUCCAAUAGGAAUUUUUGCCUUUUUGUAAUAUAUUCUGUAUGUUAUUUUUUUGUGUGUCUGGUAAAGCAUUAUGGGUAUCGAGAGGUAAACUUUUAAAGUCCUCGGUGAUGGAGUGAGUCUUAUGACUGAGGACCACUCAAAGUCUUCUGGGACAAUUGUGGGAGAUGUCUGCAUUUUCAGAAGAAUGGAGCACAGCAAAACAAGGCUUUGAUUAACUGUAUAUUAUUUUAUUUUAAAAAAAGAAUGUAAAAGGUAUUUUUCUACAGUUGUGGUAUUUUGAUUAAUAUGAGAAAAUAAAUUGAAAUAUUAAUGUAGCUUUUUUUUUUUUUUAAACCAGUUGUGCUUAUAAAAGUUUGCACUUGCGUCCAGUUGGACUACUUAUGUAUUAUUGGCAUGCCUGGCAAGAUAUUAAAGAAAAUAAAUGAUAAUUUUGUAUUAAA